GUUAACCCAAAAAUGUAAACCCUCUCAUUUACUCACCCUCAUGCCAUCCCAGAUGUGUAUGACAUUCUUUCUUCAGCAGAACAGAAACGAUGAUUUUUAAUAAAGAAUAUCUCAGCUCUAUAUGUCCAUACAAUGCAAGCGAAUUGUGACAAGAAAUUUGAAGGUCCAAAAGGUAGCAUAAAAGUGAUUCAAACCAAUCAAUGUUUAAGUCCCUUUUUACCAUAAAUCUCUGUUUUCACUUCUCUUUGCUUGGAAUUGUUGUUUUCAGUUACAACACUGAACACUGAGUGGUUAAUUGCCCUAAAUGGUAAUUGUAUUGAUUUUGCCAAGUGACUUGUGUAUUUUAUUGUAUUUGACCAACCUUCUACAAAUAUUGCAAUAUAGAUUUUAAUUUUCAGAAACUCAAACAUACAAACAUUGCAUAAUCUAACAAGUUUGGCUCAUCUGUUGGUCUAUGUGUGGUUGAAAAUGAUAUCAAAUUGAUCUAUAUCAAAGUUUGUAGUGUAUAUGAAGAUUUGCUUUAAAACCGUUAAUAAUGCAACAGCCUGUUGUCAAAAUGAGUAUUUAGCGCUCUACUGGAGACCACAAUUAAAUCUGAAACUGCACAGAGCACUUCCGUGAAGUCUUACGACUGGAAACAUUCUUGAUCAGCUGUUUCCGUUUAUUAAACCGCCUCAGAUGUAUUGUCAGUUUGCUGUUAACAGAAUUACUUAUUAAAGGAAUGUGAAUUCCGAAGUGCCUGCAGUGCACCUGUACCUUUGUGUACUUUUCUCAGUGUGUGUCAUGGGUGGGUCUUAUAAAGUUACACACACCUGAUUCAACCUAUUGAACUGCUGACUGCGUGAAGAACUCAAGUUUUAACUCAAGAUCAUGAGUUUACCAGACUAUAAAUCUACUGGAAAACAGUCCACAGCACCUGUGCAGUCGAAAUCUCAAGUUGUUCAGCUCAAUAUUGGAGGCCAUGUUUUCAGCACCACCUUGGGAACCAUUCGUAAGUUUCCAAACUCCACACUGGCAGACCUGUUUAAUGGAUCAUCCAAGCUUCGGAUGGACUCUGAGGGUCGAUACUUCAUAGACCGUAAUGGAACUCACUUUGGGUUGAUCCUUGAGUACCUCAGAUCGGAAAAAGUUCCCACCGAACAUUUACAGGAAGUUCACAAGGAGGCUUUGUACUAUGACAUCAAACCUCUAGCCAAAGCCAUUGAAGAUAUGCCUCAGAUCUUUGGAGAAACAGUUGGAAGACAACAAUUUCUGGCCCGUGUUCCAAACUACCGGGAAAACCUGGAAGUAAUCGUCAAGGUAGCCAGAGCGGAGGCCAUCGCAUCUCGGUACUCGAAGAUAAUCGUCUGUGUCCUGAGGACAGAAGAUGAUUUAGCCAGAUACAACGAUGCCAUUGACAAUAUCGACACUCCGAAAGAGUCUGUGGUGAGAUUCGGUCCAUGGAAAGCUCCAGCUUCAGUGGAGGAUCUGUUAGAUUGCAUCAGAAUGGAUAUAGAGGCCAAAGGAUAUAAAGUCAAGAUCGAACCACACAACAUAGACAAAGGGUUUCUCUUCAAAAGCUACAACUUCUUCUAUAAACUGACGUUCACCUGGUGGUGAUGGGUGUGUGGCUCAACAAUUAAGCCAAUGAAAUAGUGAUUUGAAGGGAUAUUUGGACAAUGGUUUGAUGGAACUUUAGCAAUUCAGACAUAAAAGUGACAAGAUCUGUGACAAGCACCUCCUGUAUGACUGACAGCUUUCAUAUAAGUGUCAUGAAACUGUUAGUAUCUGUCAUUGGCCUGCCUUGUUUAAAGGGAUAGUUCACCCAAAAAUGAAAAUUCUCUCAUUAUUUACUCACCCUCAUGCCAUCCCAGAUGUGUAUGACUUUCUUUCUUCUGCAAAACACAAAGAAAGAUAUUUAGAAUAAUAUUUCAGCUCUGUAGGUACAUACAAUGCAAGUGAAUGGUGGCCAGAACUUUGAAGGUCCAAGAAGCAUAUAAAGGCAGUAUAAAAGUAAUCCAUAAGACUCCAGUGGUUAAAUCUAUGCCUUCAGAAGUGAUAUGAUAGGUUUGGGUGAGAAACAGAUCAUUAUAUAUGUCUUUUUUUUUUUUUUACUAUAAAUCUCCACUUUCCCUUUCACAUUCUUCUCCUUUGUGCAUAUCGCCACCUACUGUGCAGGGAGGAGAAUUUAUGUUGUAUACUAUGCCUGUCCAUAGCCUGCUAUAACCUACAGUAAAUAAAUCCAUUAAAAUAUUAAUAUAAUCACUUAAGCUUCACUCCAGGAACUUUUGCUCAACAAUUGUGUGAUUUUUAUAGCUUUAGUAUGAAUGAAGGGACAUUUUUAGUGGAAACAAUACCAAUAUUAUUGUUGCUUACAUUUGU